UCAGAACCCUUGAGUUUACCGUCACCAUGGUUACCUCGAGUAACACACAGCUCGGGGGUAUCGCUGUGGAACAGACAUUCGUUUGUUUUAAUCAAAAUCAGAAAAUGAGCUUAUCCGUCACCCACACGACUCCUAAGAAAAACCAUUCCUCCAAAGUUGUGAGGGACCAACGUCUUUAUGACCACUUGUAUGAGUGACUGAAGGGUUUCCACCACAGAUCCUGUUUACACGGUGUCAUCUGAGGUAGACCACGCCAGGUGCCAUCUCAGAGGACAUGCGUCUAACGACCGAACGAAGAGACUGAUCAAUUUUGGGUCCAUGUUCAGUGAACUGUCCCACCAUCCACGGUAUACCGUUCAGCUGGACACCAGAGACCCAGUACCAGCCUCCAUUGAGCGCCGCUGGCGAGGUCACGAGGGGCAUCGCAUGGAGGCAUUGCAGCAGCUGGACGGGGUUAUUCCAAAUGCUCAGCCGUGGUUGAAAAGGGACGAGUGCCAGGUGACCGGAGCUGAUCGCUGGAAAUACUUUAAACGGCCCCUGAUUCCUUUUUCACAGCAGACUCCACCGGAUGCAAUUUUUGCGUUGCCUAAAAAACAUUUCGUAUCUUCUGGUGGAGAGAAUGCAGAGCAUUCCGAACAGCCCAGCCACGUCACUGUUGGUGUCCAGACAGACUACAGGGAGAGCGAAACACAGACAGACCCGUACAGCCCCGAGUAUGCAGUGCAACCUGGGACAUCUCCGUCAGAACUCUUGCAACUGGCCUCCUUGACUUGGGGUUGUGGUCUGCCUGCAGGCCUGGCAGAAGUGGAAAUGAUAGAGCGAGCACGGGCCAAACGAGCUUGGGAGGCCACCCUUCCUCCAUUGGAUGACCUUAGUCAGCUUGACAAACGGAGACGGAUGAUGGAGGAGAUGGAAGUCAAAGAGUGGGCUUUCAGAGAAGGAGAAAUCCAGAAGUUGCAAGAGGCUCGUCUCACUGUGCUGAAGGAACUCUUGAGGCAAAGAGAUGGGGCCCAGAAAGAAGUCACAAACGAGAGACUCAACCACAUAUAUGCCAAGCACCAAAAGGACAAAGAGACCAAGCUACAAAAGAUUCACAAUGACUACGUCAGGUCGCUGAGAAAACUGGAAGCUAAGAGGAGAAAUGUUGAGGGGGAGAUAGAGCAACUUAGCAGUGUCAAAAACUAUACAAAUAUUCAGAAACGUGCCCCUCGGAGCCGCAGGGAUCCAUUCUCCAACAGCAACACCUCCAACAAUGAGAUGAAAAGCCACUACUUGAACACAUAUGAAGGUUUGCAGGAGAUAGAAGCAGGACUCUCUGCCUCAGUCUUCAAGUCAUUGGGGAAAGUAGAUAAACCGAUCAAGAGUGUGAUCCGUCCACCCGGAAGCAAAGAAGUAGAACUGCUGGAAAAAUACAAAGCCGUGAUUGCAGAGGAGAAAGAGGCUAAGAAGUCUUCCCGUUAUCUUGUUAAGUUGAAGCCGGUUGCUCGUCCUGUCACUCCGAGAGUGGAGGAGCCACCAGAGGGGGAUGAGGAGACGGAGCUCGCAGUCAUCAGCUUGCAGAAACUACUGAGAGGAAGAAGUGUCCAAAACAAGAUGUUUAAGGGAAAGGAGAACAAUCUGGAGCUCAUUCGGGAACUGAGGACAGUCCACGCCCUGCAGGGAGAGGAGCAACAGCUACUGAAUGCUGACAAAGAGCUCGUAAUGAACCUUAAAGCACAGAUGGACAAGCACAGACACAAGACUUCCCAGAAGGAGGCCUCCCAGGCCAGAAUGGUGGGUGCCGAUCUUGAACCCCUAUUUGACACCUUGUCCAAGGAGCUGAUUCAUCUCCAGGAAGAGCGCAGGAUCCAUGCCUUCACACUGCUGGCGGAGCGAGACCGUCGCCUACGAGAGGCUGAGGAGAGUGGGAGGAGACAGAUGGAGGAGCGCAGACGCAGAGAAGAAGAUGAGAUCUUUAGACAAGUGGUGCGAGUGCACCAGAAAACUGUGGAUUUGUAUUUGGAGGACAUCAUCCUAGGGAUCGUGGAGCAGACAGCUGAUACGAAGGCCCGAGAGGAUAUCCACAGAAGGGCAAAGGAGGUCAACGACAUCGCUUAUGCCGUGGAGGAAAGCCGAAACCGUCUUCAGUCAGAGGAGAUUGUGUCGGAGUUGAUGUACAGUUUCCUUAUCCCAGAGGUUGAGAAGAUCGCUGUCAGGCAAAGAGUGCACCAGAGGCAGCUUAGACACCUGCAGGCAGCUCGGAGCAUCAUUCAGGGAGCCGCUGAGUGUUCUGGGAUCCUUCCUAAUUCUCCCGGGACUUCCCUGUUGACCGGCCCCUCUGAAAGAUCCUCCAACCGAGGAAAUGAUCAGCCAAGUGGAGCAGGAGAAGGGGAAGAAAACUAAUCAAACAAAUGUAUAUAUAAAGAAUAUUGUGUGAAAAUUCAGUCUGAUACCUACAUUUGUUGUUCAUCAUUACUAUUACUAUUCAGUCUUUUGAUUGUUAGAACUAUCUAGAAUGUGCAGUAUAGUCGCACCUUUUUGACAGGGUCCAAGUACAAGCUCUAUUUCUAUCUGGGUACUGUGUGCCUGAUAGAAGGCCUGGAUAUAGUAUACAUUAUAGUAGAGAUAUUUCUAAGGCUGAUGCUUAUGGUCUAAGACCGGUGGCAGUUUGUAUUGUUGCACCCUUAAUAAAUUGAUUCCUUUCCAC